AUGCCUUCUCCCCUUCCUCUUCUGCAUCAAUUGUUCUCAACUUCUAAUGAAAGAUUAAAAAAAACUGCUGCAAGUGGUGAAAGAGCAAAAGAAGGAAUUUCUAUAAAUGCGGGUUUAUCAGCCUUAGGGAAUGUGAUAUCAGCACUAGGUGACCCAAAUAAAGCAAAACACACAACCCACAUACCAUACCGCGACUCGAAACUUACCAGAUUAUUACAAGAUUCUUUAGGCGGUAAUGCACAAACUUUGAUGAUAGCGUGCAUUUCACCCGCUGCUUUCAAUCUUAACGAAACUGUCAAUACCUUAAAGUAUGCUAAUCGUGCAAGGAACAUUAAGAAUCUUGCCACGGUAAAUCAAGAAGAAACCGGUUGGAAUGAUGUAUCACAUUUGCAAAAUUUAGUAGUUAAACUCAGAGCCGAAAAUGCUUCAUUGAAAUCAAAUUUAUCAAAUGUUCAACACGGUGGUUAUUAUUCUGGUACUAAUACUCCCGGGAACGUUAGUCCUGCCCCUGCUGGUAGAAUCACACCUAAUGCUGCCAUGUCAGGUAGAGACACUCCGAGUAGGCUCAAACAAUCAUCAACUGGUAUACCACUACCUGGUAGAGCUACUCCUACAUUAGGCACCGGCAGAGAAACACCAACAAGAUUAUUACAAAGACCUUCAUCACCAUUAUCAACUUUUCAUUCAAACGGUGCUGGUGCAAAUACUAUUAAUAAACAAAAAUAUAACCGCACUGAUAAAGAAUUUGAAAUUUUAGAAGAACAAUUUUUUGCAUCUUUGGAUGAUGGUAACGAUAAUGGUGAUAAGAACGAUGAACUUGAAUCAAAACUUUUGAAAUUGCAAAAAUCAUAUGAUGAAGUCUUGAACACUAAAAAUAGUGAUGUUGAUGAAAAAAAAACGAGAAAUUUUAAAGAUCUCGAAUUAAACUUGACCGAAUUACAAAAAAAUUAUGAAUCGAUUUUAAUGGAAUUGGAAACAACAAAAUCUAAUCUUAAUAAAUCUCAACUUGAAAACCAAGCACUUCAACGUCAAUUCAAUGACAACAUUUCAACAGCAUCUACACCAUUAACCCCAAUGACUCCUAGCACCCCAAUGACUCCUUUAAAUGAUGAAUCUAAUUUAAAAAAAAAUUCCAAUAUUAGCGACAUAAAUAACAACAAUUCCAAUUCUAUUCCUUUAUCAAAAACUGUUUUCCAUCGUAAAGCCAAAUCUUUAUCAUCGGAUAUUAAUAGAAUAGAUAAACAAGAACUUGAAUAUAUAUCAAUAAUUAAUCUUAAAGGUGAAAUAAAGAAUGGCAAUGAUGAUGAUGGUAGCACGCCAGAAAAUUCUUUAACAUGUAAUCAUAAUAAAUUGAUUAACGGUCUAAAUGAAAAGAUAUCAUUGUUGGAAGAAGUUAAUGGAGAAAAAUCAAGCAUGAUAGAAACAUUAAAAGAUUCACUUGAUGACAAUCAAACGAUGCUAGAAGAGGCACGAGAAAAAUUAGAUGAAUUGCGACAAGAGAAAACAAG